ACCGAACGCCCUGAGCCUGCCUGCUGCCUGGCUUGCAACGCGGGCAAUGAACCGUCCGUCCGGGGAAAGCUGCCUGUCCUCCCCUCCUCCCCCCCACACGCCCCAAGGGCGGCGGGCGGCCAGACACGUCGCGCGCGGAUUUCGGGGCGUGUGUGUGUACUUGCGCCUCCUGCUAACCGCUGCCCGGUGGCGCUGCUGAGCGGCAAAGGGGCACCGGGUAGCCCGCCUGGCCUGGCCUGCCCUCCCGUUCCUCCCGCAGCCGUCCGUUCCCCCCCCCCCCGCUCUCCGGCGGGCAGGGCGCGCGGCGAACAUGGCGGCGGCCAAGGCGGUGGGGCGGGACACUCUACCUGAGCACUGGUCCUAUGGCGUCUGCAGGGACGGCCGGGUCUUCUUCAUCGACGACCUGACCCGCGCAACUACUUGGCUGCAUCCUCGCACUGGGGAGCCCGUCAACUCAGGCCACAUGAUCCGCUCAGAUCUGCCCCGUGGCUGGGAGGAGGGAUUCUCGGAAGAGGGAGCCAGCUAUUUCAUUGACCACAACCACCAAACUACCACAUUUAAACAUCCAGUGACUGGCCAGUUUUCCCCAGAAAACGUGGAGUUCAUUUUACAAGAGGAGCAUAAUUCACAUAUGUCCAAACAUCAGAUAAACCAAAGACCUUCAAGUAUGGUCAGUGAAACAUCUACUGCUGUAACUACAUCCACUACAGAUACAAAACUUGGAUCCAAGUUAGUAAAAUCUAGCAAUAAAGUUCAUAGCUUUGGGAAAAGGGAUCAAGCUAUAAGGAGAAACCCUAAUAUUCCUGUUGUGGUCAGAGGCUGGCUUCACAAACAAGAUAGCUCUGGAAUGAGAUUAUGGAAAAGAAGGUGGUUUGUGCUAGCAGAUUACUGUUUAUUUUAUUAUAAAGACAGCAGAGAAGAAUCUGUUCUUGGAAGUAUACCAUUGCCUAGUUAUGUAAUUUCACCUGUGGGACCUGAAGAUCAUAUAAAUCGCAAAUAUUCCUUUAAGGCUGUCCAUACAGGCAUGAGGGCUUAUAUUUAUAAUAAGAGUUCUGUUAUUGGCUCUCAGGCAGAGCAUUCAGGGAUGCGCACAUACUACUUUAGUGCAGAUACUCAAGAAGACAUGAAUGACUGGAUCGAUGCUAUGAAUCAAGCUGCUCUUAUGCAAAUCCAUUUUUCACCAAAGAGAGGAACAGGAAAAACAGAUCAGCAAGCUGUCCCUCAAGCUAAUCAUAUUGAUGCCUACAAAGAAGUUACAAAGUUAGAAUCUGCUGAGGCAAAAAGAGUCUACAGAAAAUCACCCGAAAUGUCUGCAUAUGGCAAACAUGAAGAAAUAAAAAAAGUAAGAGAUGAUGAACACUACACUGCAAGGAAGAAUGCUGUGGAUUCCAGAUGGGAGAAACCCAAACAUCUAUUAGAACCUGGUGGAACACUGAAUCCUGCAUCAAGUUUCUCUCGGCCUCAAGCAACUCAGACUCUUGAGAAGAAUGGAAUGCCUCCAAGUUCAUUAAAUGCAGGUCCAGUAGAGCAGAAUUGUAUCAGUGUCUAUAAAAGAGGCUUUAUUCCCAGAUCAACACAAAAUAAGGAGACACAAAGGAAAAGUAAUAUGACUCAUGUAGAACAUUGGGUAAAAGUCCAGAAAGGAGACCCAAAAAGUUUUGCAUCUGACCAGACUCUCACUCGCCAAGUACCAAGCCAUUCUGUAUCCUUUCCUGAAAAUUAUCAUACUUUGCCAAAGAAUACUAGGCAAUCUUCUGGAAGCUCCCCUCCCUCAAAUCGUGAUUUGCCAAGUGACUACAAAUACGCUCAAGAUCGGGUAAGCCACCUGAAGAUGUCGCAUGACGAGAGGAAAGCUAACAAAGAUGGUACUGUUUGGCAGCUGUAUGAAUGGCAACAAAGAAGGCAGUUUAAACAUGGGAGCCCAACUGCAUCUGUUUAUAUUAGUUCUCCAGAUUUUACAGAUAGCAGUAAGGGAAGAAGUUCAUUAGAAGUUCCACGUUCAGUUUCGGUUCCUCCUUCCCCAUCUGAAAUACCUCCACCAGGACCACCUAAAGUUUUUAUAUCACGAAGACCGCAUACACCUGCAGAAAGGGUUACUGUCAAACCAUCUGAGGAGAGACAAACAAUAGACGUUCCUGUUGUUGGCUCACCAAGGAAGAUUCGAAACCAGGGUGCAAAAAACUCUCUACACAUAGAUAGACGUUCCAUGCCUACAAUGGGAUAUAUGACCCAUACUGUAAGUGCUCCAAGUUUGCAUGGGAAAUCGGCUGACGAUACCUACAUCCAGCUGAAGAAAGACCUUGAAUAUUUGGAUCUGAAGAUGACGGGGCGUGAUACAUUCAAAGAACGACAUGUGAAACCCAUCAAAAUUGGAGAAAGUGAUAUUGAUGUAAAGCUGAGUGUCUUCUGUGAGCAAGACAGGAUUCUGCAAGAUCUAGAAGACAAACUAAGAGCCCUUAAAGAAAAUAAAGAUCAGCUGGAAUCUGUCUUGGAAGUAUUACAUAGACAGAUGGAACAAUAUAAAGAACAACCACAGCACACAGAAAAAAUUACAUAUCAGCAGAAACUUUUGCAAGAGGAUCUCAUACAUAUUCGGGCUGAAAUAUCCAAAGUAUCUACAGAAAUGGAAAAUGCCUGGAAUGAAUAUCUGAAAUUGGAAAAAGAUGUGAACCAGCUGAAGCAAAGUCUGCAAGAACAGAUGAAUAAAUCAUGUAUUUCUCAGGAGAAAACUCAAAUGCAAAAAGAUUUGUGGAGAAUUGAAGACGUUACAGCUGGCCUAAGUACAAAUAAAUCCAACUAUAAAGUCAUCAUCGAAUCUAUCAAGAAUCCAGAAAGAAAAACAGUGCCUUCAUUUUCAAAGCCUCUAGUGCCUUCAUCAUCAUCUACUCUCAUGUCAACAGACAGCAAACUUUCUACUCAGCAAAGUCCACCAACUAGUCCUAUCAAGCCCUCAUUGGAAGUCAGACUUUUUCCUCAGCCUUAUACACAGCCCAGAAUGUUUUCUCCCUCCCAACAAGUGAAAAAAGUUGAACCUCCAAUCCAGUCACCAGUGAAAUUAGAACCAAAGGUUUGUCAGGAAGAUGAAGCACCACCAAGACCUCCUCUCCCACAGCUAUAUAGCACUGAUAAUAACCCACCAGCUGUUCCACCUCUUCCUAAAGAAGCUACAGUAAUAAGGCACACAUCAGUGCGUGGUCUCAAACGCCAGUCUGAUGAAAGAAAACGAGACCGUGAACUUGGACAGUACAUAAAUGGGGAUUACAGGGUAGAACUCCGCUCAUAUGUGAGCGAACCUGAAUUGGUAACAAUAGGCAGUGAUCUGAGCCAAUCUUCCAUUGGUUUUCGUGGUACUGACAGUAGAUACCAAACAUUACCUACCAGAGGAUUGUCUGGUUCAACUUCUAGACUCCAUCAGUCAUCAACAGUUUCAUCAUAUUCAACGCUUCGAAGGGAUGCUUCCAAGGAAAGACCAAAGAGUGCCUUGGAACGUUUAUACUCUGGAGAUCCCCAAAGAGGAAAAAUGAGUGCUGAAGAACAAUUAGAAAGAAUGAAACGACAUCAAAAGGCAAUCGUUCGUGAACGUAAAAGAACUCUUGGUCAAGGAGAAAGACAUUCGGUUUCAUCACGACCAUUCAUCCAGCCUGGUUCUGCAGACAUAGGCUCAUGGAAGCGGGAGCAAGAAUUUGACUUGCAGUUAUUGGAAAGAGCAAUGCGCACAGAACAAAAAAUGGGAGAUAAUUGGUUAAAAAUCGACCCUGUGACAGUAACGGAGACAGAUAUAGAGCCCGAAGAUUACAAGUUGGAUAUUAGCAAAGAGUUGUCAAAGCCAGACAAGGUUGCCAUUCCAGAACGGUACAUUGAGAUGGAUCCUGAAGACCCCCUCACUCCUGAAGAAUUGGAAGCAAGACAUCGUAAGGCAGAAAAAAUUAAGCAUAUUCUUACCAGAUCAAGUGUGCACAACCUACAGCCUCCAUUUCAGGACAAAUACAUCUCUUCAAAUUUAGAUUCACAGCUACAUGAGCAAGAACGCAUCAUUACCAUAUCAUACGCACUGGCUUCUGAAGCCUCUCAGCGGAGCAAAGAGGUAGCAGCUCCUCAGUUGAUUUACCCAACUAAAGCACACUCACCUUCUGUACCUCAGCCACUCCCUUUAAGCAAUGGAUUUCACUACACAUUUGUCUAAACACCUUGAAACCAAAGCAGUAACUGAGCAGUGAUUCCUGGAAUGUGCCAGUAACAAUCGCCUAAUGAACAAAUGCAACCAGAAAGAAGGAAGAGGCACCCCCAGGCUAGCCUUCUCUCAUAAUUAUUCUUAUUUGAACACCUUUUAUAAAUAAGUAUAGAGAACGUUUGUACAACAAAAAAGAAAACAACUUUGUAUAAGGAAAAUAAAAAACCCAGAUAAAUUAACAGUAUUUUCAACAUACUAUAUAUAAAACAGUGUGUUUCUCAACCUUGGUAACUUUAAGAAGAUGGACUUAAACUCCCAUAAUUCCUGACCCCAUUCUGGUGGGGGCAUUCUGGGAGUUGAAGUUCACCCGUCGUAAAGUUGCCAAGACUGAAAAACACCAAUGUAAAAUAUGUGCAAUGGCCAUAAUUCAAGCCUAUGCAGGUUCUGCUGAUAUUCAUUGAUUUUAAAGAUUUAAUGUGCUACACUAAAUGACAAUAUUGUUUUUAGAAACAAAGUAUGUAUUAGAUUUGUUGUUGAAAAAGGGCUGCAUAUAUUUAAAAGAUUAGAUGCAUGCUAUGAAGAUGCAUCAUUAUAUUCUUUGGAUAUUUUGUAUUUAGAAAGGAAAAUUUUGAAAACCAUUAUCCCUCUAGAUAGAUAGAUAGAUAGAUAGAUAGAUAGAUAGAUAGAUAGAUAG